AUGGCCUGCUUGGCCGUCUUGUCUUCAGGCAUUGUUUGGCUCUGUCUGUCCACUAUCUUUAUCAGUCUACCACUAGCCAUCAGUGAUGAACACGAAAAUGAUCGUCAAGCUCUCCUUUGCUUCAAGUCUCAGCUGCUCUCAGGUCCAAGUACAGGAGCACUGGCCUCAUGGAGCAAUGCGUUCAUGGAAUUCUGCAACUGGCAUGGUGUCACUUGCAGCACACAACCUCCCCGUCGUGUCACUGCAAUAGACUUGGCAUCUGAAGGCAUCUCUGCCUCCAUACCACCUUGCAUUGCCAAUCUCACCUCUCUUGCAAUGCUGCAGCUAUCAAACAACAGUUUCUAUGGUAGCAUCCCGUCUGAACUCGGUCUGCUCAGACAACUCAACAACCUCAACAUCAGCAUGAACUCUCUCGAAGGUAACAUUCCUCCUGAACUUUCUUCAUGUUCCCAGCUUGAGAUCCUAGAUUUGUCAAGCAAUUCGAUCCAUGGUGAGAUCCCAGCUAGCCUAAGUCAAUGUAACCAUCUUAAAGAGAUUGACCUCAGCAAGAACAAGCUCCAGGGGAGGAUCCCUUCUGCUUUUGGGGACCUUCCUAAGCUGCAAAUAAUUGUUCUUGCUAGCAACAGGCUCACCGGCGACAUACCAGAAUCUUUAGGAAGGAGCUUUUCUCUCAAAUAUGUUGAUCUGGGUAGCAAUGCUCUCACAGGGAGCAUCCCAGAGUCCAUGGUGAACAGUUCAUCUCUUCAAGUACUUGUCCUCACAAGCAAUACCCUUAGCGGGGAAAUCCCAAAGGCUUUGUUCAAUUCCUCAUCUCUUAUUGCUAUUUACCUUGAUGAGAAUAGCCUUGUUGGUUCUAUACCACCUGUGACUGCUACCUCUCUACCUUUGAAAUAUCUCUACUUAGGGGGUAACAAAUUAUCAGGAACAAUACCCUCCUCGUUAGGAAAUCUUUCUUCCCUACUUGAUCUAAGUCUUACACGGAACAAUUUAAGCGGGAGCAUCCCAAAUAGUUUACGCCAUAUUCUAACACUAGAUUUGCUGAACUUGAAUGUGAACAACUUAUCUGGGCAUGUUCCAUCAUCCAUCUUCAACUUGUCAUCCCUGACAAUUAUUGCCAUGGCAAAUAACUCACUUGUUGGGGAACUACCAUCAAACAUGGGUUACACACUCCCAAAUAUUGAAACAUUAAUUCUGUCCAAUAACAGGUUCAAAGGCCCAAUCCCACCAACUCUUCUGAACGCUUCCCACCUGACUUCGCUUUACUUGCGCAAUAAUAGCCUUACUGGGCUCAUUCAAUUCUUUGGGUCAUUGCCGAAUUUGGAGGAACUUAUGUUGUCAUACAACAAACUAGAAGCAGCUGACUGGAAAUUUAUUUCUUCUCUAUCGAAUUGCUCCAAAUUGACUAAACUAUUGAUAGAUGGGAACAAUCUCAAUGGUAAGCUGCCUCACUCCAUUGGUAAUCUUUCCAGUAGUCUCAAAUGGUUGUGGCUAAGAGACAAUAAAAUUUCUGGGCAAAUACCAUCAGAGAUUGGCAAUCUAAUGAGCUUAGAAAUGGUGUACAUGGAUUAUAAUCUUUUGACAGGUAAUAUACCUCCAGAAAUUGGAAAUUUGCAUAACUUGAUCGUUCUAGACUUGGCCCAAAACAAACUAUCAGGUCAAAUCCCUGAUACAAUUGGCAACCUUGUUAAGCUAACUGACCUGAAAUUGGACACGAAUAACUUUAGUGGAGGCAUACCUGCUACCCUAGAGCGUUGUACUCAACUCAGCAUACUCAACCUUGCUCAUAACUCACUAGAUGGGAGAAUACCAAAUCGAAUCUUCAAAAUUUCUUCACUUUCCCAAGAGUUGGACCUGUCACACAAUUACUUGUUUGGAGGAGUACCAGAGGAAGUUGGAGAUCUCAUUAACCUGAAAAAACUCAGCAUGUCAAACAAUAGGUUGACUGGCAACAUCCCAUCCACUCUUGGCCAAUGUGUUGUUCUGGAGUCCCUUGAGAUGCAAAGCAACCUACUUGUAGGAAGCAUACCAAAUUCUUUUGAGAACUUGGUAGGCAUCCAGAAGAUGGAUAUUUCACAGAACAACUUGUCCGGGAAAAUACCAGAUUUUCUUGGAAACUUCAGCUUACUAUAUGAUCUGAAUUUAUCAUUUAACAAUUUUGAUGGAGAAGUUCCAGCUGGAGGUAUUUUUCGUAAUGCUAGUGUGGUAUCAAUGGAAGGGAAUAGUGGCUUGUGUGCAAGAACAUUAAUAAAAGGUAUUUCUAUUUGUUCAACACAGGCUCACAAGAAAAGGAGGAGCAAGUCUUUGGUUCUAGUCCUAGUGAUAGUAAUACCCAUUAUUUCGAUGGCCAUAAUUUGUUUAAGCUUUGCUGUACUUCUCUGGAGGAAGAGAAUACAGGUGAAGCUAAAUUUGCCACAAUGUACUGAGAACAUGUUGAAGAAUAUAACAUAUGAAGACGUUGCCAAGGCCACAAAUAUGUUUUCUUCAGAUAACUUGAUUGGCUCAGGAUCAUUUGCUAUGGUUUAUAAGGGUAAGCUAGAGCUUCAGCAAGAGGAAGUUGCCAUCAAGAUUUUUAACCUUGGUACAUAUGGAGCACAUAAGAGCUUCAUGGCAGAGUGUGAAACACUAAGAAAUGUCCGUCAUCGAAAUCUUGUAAAAAUCAUGACUUUAUGUUCAUCACUGGAUGCCACUGGGGCAGACUUCAAGGCGCUGGUGUACCAAUACAUGCAUAAUGGGAACCUAGAUACAUGGCUACAUCCAAAGGCCCAUGAACUUAGUCAAAGAAAGGUUUUAACUAUUACUCAAAGAGUUAAUAUAGCCAUGGAUAUAGCAUUUGCUCUAGAUUAUCUUCAUAAGCAAUGCGCAUCUCCACUAAUACAUUGUGACUUGAAGCCAAGCAACAUUCUUUUGGAUCUUGACAUGGUUGCACAUGUCAGCGACUUUGGCCUAGCAAGAUUUGUAUAUAAUAGAUUGACUGCGCAUGAAGAUACCUCGACAAGUUUGGCUUGCCUAAAAGGAUCAAUCGGAUACAUUCCACCAGAGUACGGCAUGAGCAAAGAUAUCUCAACCAAGGGCGAUGUCUACAGUUUUGGAGUUCUUUUAUUAGAAAUUAUAACUGGGAGCAGACCAACUGAUGAAAAGUUCAAUGGCAGCACAACCCUGCAUGAAUUUGUUGAUGGAGCAUUUCCCAACAAUAUCUACAAGGUAAUUGAUCCAACAAUGCUACAAGACGACCUCGACGCGACCAACAUGAUGGAGAAUUGUAUCAUUCCAUUGGUCAAAAUAGGCCUAUCAUGUUCUAUGCCACUGCCCAACGAACGACCUGAAAUGGGACUAGUUGCUUCCAUGAUUCUUGAUAUAAAGCACGCAGCCUCAUGCAGUCAUCUUAGAUUGAAAUAAGAUUUGGCAAGUUCUGUUGCAU